AUGUCUCAGUUUCGACGUGUGAACAGUCCAGCAAAUAGACCAAAAUGGAAUGCAGUAAGCAAAAUACGCAGUGUCAAUACAGUUUACAAUCCAAAAGUAACAAAUUCAACUAUGAUACGACGAGGAUGGGAUCAAGAACUUCGUCGAAAACGAGUUCAUAAAUUACCACCGAUAAAACGAAAAAGAAAACAUGAUGAUAUACCACGAUUAGCUAUCGAUGCUUUACCACCGACAUUACCAUCCAAUGCACAAUUAGCUAUUGAUUAUAAUUAUGAUCAUUCUUCAACAACACAAGAUCGUACGAUUAGUAAUGGGUAUGCAACAACGUCAUCAAGACGAUCAAGCAAAGCACUUGUUCCUAUAAAUCAUCAUCGACAUCUUGGGGAGCUUGACUUACUUAAUGAAACUCCUCGAUCACAACGACCCGUACAACAAGAAUGGUAUGAUGAAAUGAAUAAAUCUCGUCUAACACAUAGAACCGAUAUGGAACGUAUUACAAAUCAUUCAUUUCGAAAUUCUAUUGAUUCAAUUCAUCAGCCAAAUACACCUCGAGAAUUAGCAACAUUUCGUUCAUCUACGCGAAAUAGUCAAAAUAGUGUUAUGAGCGGUACAUUACUUGAUUCAAGUGUUCGAACAAAUCGAACAACGGAAUUUCGUCUGUCAAAAGACAUGGAUGAACAUCAUCAACAUUCUCAUACACCAAGUCAGUCAAUGCCUAUUGAAAUACGUGGUUUUAAACUUGAAGGUACACAAUUGAGUGUAGCUGAUCAUGCAACGAUUCGUCCAUUAUCAAAUGUUAGUUAUGGAGCAAGUGAACGAGUUAAAAGUCGUCGUGCAUAUCCAUGGAGUAGUUUACAUCCACAUGGAACAUCAAGUCGAAAUAGUUCAUUGGUACCUAUUGCAGAAUUUCGACGUCCAUCACUUGAAACAACAAUAACUGAAGCUCAACAGUUUAUUCAUGAAGAAUAA